AUGCCAGUGAAAUGUUGUUUUCACAGGUCAGCCCCUAGGGAAACAAUGGCAUGGAUGGAUUCUGUAGAUACGCUUCUGGCUAAUAAAGAUGGCUUGGAUGCAUUCAGGACUUUCCUGAAGUCAGAAUUCAGUGAGGAAAACAUUGAAUUCUGGCUGGCCUGUGAGGACUUCAAGAAAACAAAGUCAGCAGCUAAAAUUGCCUCGAAAGCCAAGAAGAUUUAUUCAGAGUUUAUCCAAACCGACGCCCCAAAAGAGAUAAACAUCGACUUCAAUACCAGAGACCACAUCACCCAGACUAUUUCUGAACCGACUCUCCAGUGUUUUGAUGAUGCUCAGAGUUUAAUCUACAGUCUUAUGGCUAAGGAUUCUUUCCCCCGGUUUCUCAAGUCAGAAGCUUAUAAGGAACUCACAAGAAAGCAACAGAAUGGGAACCAGAAGAGGUGGCUGCCAUUUUUGUAAAGGUCAAGUUCAGAACACAAUCUCCAGAUAUAACACAAUGGUCAGGUAGU